AUUCAGUGAUGCCUUGUGGAGUAUUGGGUGCUGACUACGGGUUUAUCCUGUUCUGCAGACAUUAGGUCUGGGUGUAUUAGUUAUGUCAGACAUAUAAUGUAUCUCUCAGUUCUGCCGUUUACAUCGUUAUAUCGGUGCAUGGAUCUGAUGAAGCUGAGAUACAGGGAGCUGUUUGCUGGGAUCCUCACACUGUGGGGCGGACAGAGCUGAUGUUCGAUGGAAAAUAGCACAAAUGUGAAGUCCCUGACGGCUAUGUUUAAUGCAGCGCCCAGUCCCAUGGAGGGAGCUGAGAAGUCCCCAGGGAACCCUCCAUUAAAUAGCUUUCAAGCGAGAAGAGCAGAAUUUGCAAAAGCUAACAAUUUAAACUCAGGAACUUUGCCCAAGAAACCUGUCUCGCCAAAACCUCCUCAGGUUCCCAAAUCUGCAUCUGAUGAAAUAAAACACCCAGCGUUAAGACCGGUAGGUAUAAACAGAUUUGGGGGUUCUGUUCAUGGACCAAGUCAAGACUCGGACGUGAAGCCUACAUUUCCAAAACCACCUGGAUUUAAGACUUUCGAGCAACCAAAGGAUGAGCCAAAGGUGCCAUUUCCAAAGCCCAUCGGAAAUAAACCACUUCUAACCACUAACUCGCCCUUAGAACAUAGGUUUGGAGUCAAGCCACCGGUUCCAACUGAAGAGAAACAAAAACCAGCCUUCCCAAAGCCAUCAGCAAUUAAAGCAUCAUCAGAGAAUGAGUUGAAACCCUACGUACAGAAGAAGCCGCCAUUUGGGGCAAAACCUUCAUCAAACACUGUUGGAUCCCCAGGUGAAGUCAAUGCCACCAAACCUGGUUUGGUCUCAAAGACAUUCUCAAAUUCCUUAGAAAAUAAACCUGCAAAGCAAACUAAAGAAACGCCAGAAGAAAAUCUUGCACCGGGUCCUACAUCUCAAUCCUGGGUCCCAUUACGACCAACCGGCGUCAAACCGCUGCAGAGCCCAUUUCUAAAGCAAAAUCCAGAUGAGCCGCACGACAGGGCAAAGCAAGGUACGCCACUGAAGGAUUACCAGGCCAAAGUGAACCAUGAUGGGGGCAACUCUCAACCUCCUGUGUCAAAAUACCCAAGAUUUCCAUCAACGAAUCAGAUGCCUCCUGCUCCAGACAAUUUAAGAGAACAGAAGGAUUCAUCAGAACCAAAACGGAAAUCCCUGCCGACCCCAGCUCAACUUGGCCCUCCACCUCAAAAACCAGCGAGACCUCCAAACGUUGACAUAGAACGAUACAGAAGUGGAAAGACGAUGGGUAGUAAAGUGACAGUCAGUGAACAGAAGUCUUCUGCCCUGUCUUCCGCAUUGCCACCACCGCCGCCACCAGUAAAAUCCCUAGCAGGAUCUUCACCAAUUCCGAGCUUACCACCCAGGAACAUUAGAAGCAUAAAUGAAGAUCACAAGCAUGAGGACGGAGCCGUCAUUGACGAUAUAAGUGAAGAAAGUGAUGAAGAAUGCUAUGAAGGGAUUGAUGACAGUGCUCAGUACAAGAGAGAGCAAGAAGAGAAGAAUGAGAAAAAGAGGAAGAAAAAGCUGGAGCAAGCUAAGCGGGAACAAAAAGAAAAGGAAAAGAAGGAGCAGGAGCUAACAAAAAGGUUCCGGCUAACUGAGAAGAUAGAAGUCAUUCACCAGGCCCAGGCCAACAUGGACUAUAAAGGCAGCAAAAAUGAACUCAGUUUCAGAAAUGGAGAUCAGAUUGAAAUCAUACGAGUGACUGACAAUCCAGAAGGAAAAUGGCUCGGCAGAAUGAAAGGAAAUUAUGGAUAUAUAAAAACUGCAAUGGUGAAAGUAGAUUAUGACUCGCUACCAAGAAAGAAUCCAAAACUGCGCGCUCCAGUGAAUAUAGAGAGUGACCAGGAUAUCUAUGAUGACGUCGGGGAACAGGACUCCGUCAGCAAUACCAGCCUAGGUGGAAAUUCAUAUUUCCCACCGCCGCCCAGUAAUGAUGAGGAUGAUAUCUAUGACGGUGUUGAUGAUGGUCCUCCUGACAGCUCUGUACCGCAGGAGGAAGAGAAAAGCGGCACAACGCUGUGGAAUAUCUUUAGGAGGAGGAAGGGGACUGAGAACAAAAAGAAACCUGUACAGGACAAAAACGAACCAGAAGAUAUUGAAGAAGACGAACUGGCAAAUUCUACCUUUGGAAGUGAUGUUUAUGAUGAUGUAGAGUCCUGUGAUUUUCCACCUCCUCCAAUAGAACUUGGGUUACCGGUAAAGCCUUCUAACCUUGGGAAUUCUUUAGACCUCAAGGCAAUAAAGAAACUCGAAAAAGAGGAGAAAGAAUUCAGGAAAAAAUUCAAGUUCACAGGUGACAUUCGAAUCUUGUCAUCAGUCCAAGUGGUGACCAGCCUGGCAGCAAAGAAGUGGGGAUCCAAGGACUUACCUCUGAAGCCGGGAGAAACCCUGGAUGUCAUACAACACGCCAAUGAUACUACGCUUCUAUGUAAAAAUAAUGAGGGCAAAUAUGGUUACGUAUCGAAAAGCAAUAUCAUUGAUGAUGACGGGGAAAUCUACGAUGAUAUUGGAGAGAACUGCAUCUAUGACAACGACUGAAUCCACCGCUGGGCCUCAUUCACACCUGCUGGCGACGACAUUCAAGAAAACCAUUGUACAGAUUCUCAUGUGUCAAAGAAAUGCAGCCAAUCAGAUCGCUGCUUCCAUUUUCCAGCUCAGAAAGUGCAAGUUGCUGCAAUCUGAUUGGUUUCCGUGGGCAGCUGUUGACCGUUCCGCCUGUGAUAUGUUUUUAUGCAUAAGACACAUGCUGUAAAGUAUAUAAACUAUAUAUAGGAGUAGAUUUCAUCAUUUUCUUGCCAAUAC